GUCCUGUGGGGGGUUGCUUGACUUGCCACUUGUUUGUCUCUCGGAAGUCACCACACUGUCGCUGUACAUGGCUGAACUGGCUGCUGUCCGUGCGCAGAUUAAGGCUUGGGAACGCGACUUCAGGUCUGCCCGGGGCAGAGACCCUUCGAUCCAAGACAUAAGAGACCAACCUCACAUCGCCGACAAGUACAAGCUAUACAAGAAGCUGUCCAAGUCGGCCACCACGUCGUCUUCGUUCUCCAGUCGUCUCACAUCAUCUGCAUCCAAGAAUCCUUCUACCCUUCCUCGCACUCCUCCGUCCCCAUCGCGAACCUCAGCUGCCAUACCAGAAUCCCGCAAGGCAGAAGCUGUCCCUCCACUGCCCGGCUUUAAUCCAUUCUCCCCUAUCAAGAACAAAGGAAAAGAUAGUGAUACUUUGCAUAUAUCCAGGCCGCCCAACAAUCCUUUCACCACCCCUACCAAGCAAAAGGCCAGUCAUACGCAUCCUCGCACGCCUUCCCCAGAUCCCUUUCCAUCCAUCGUACAGACCCACAUAAACACUUCUCCCCAUGACCAACCAGCCAACCCAGCGGUGUCGCGCGCCCGCAAGCGUUUGCGAGGCGAACCUGUUUCACCCUCUCCUAACAAACAGAAACGUCAACGUAUCGGUCUUCAGGUUCCCACCCUUAAACCGGAAGUGUCUUCAGAUAGUGACAACGACCUAGAUGUCGCAGCAGGUGUUGGUGACCUGAACGUUUCUUCUGUCGAUGAUUCCCCUGUCAAGGCUCCUGCCGGGGGAAGGUCUUUCAAGCUGUUGUUCGACGAUACACUACCAGCGUUGAGUGUACCUAAGAAAGUUGACGAGUCAGUGCCUCCCCCUCACAAUAAACCAACCACGCUAGGUACGCGCUCUGCGCGUGAUUCUCGAGAUCUUUUCACGCAAGGGAGCUCGAAAAGAGGAUGGCUCGACAGCACAAAAUCCCCUUCCACUGCUUCGAUUUCGGCUCGUCGAUUAAAUAAAGCUUUCUCCUCAAUGCCGUCUCAAGAUCGUGACAAUGACGCUGUUGCUGAGAGAACGGAAUGUACACUCUCGCCUAAUGCGAACCACUUGGAGUCGGGUCGGGCGAGGUCGACGACAAAGCGUGCUUUGCAAGAGAACGAGCCGAAGGGUAGCACUCGGCCGGUUACUCACUACUCUUUGGUUCCUCCCUCCCCGCCUCCUGAAGACUUGACCGGUCCGGGAAGGCUGAAAGGCGGAUCUGGCUCGAGUCGCAAAAAACCGAGAGUUGUGCUUCAGCCGGGCGAUGAUGAAGAUGAUAGCUCAGAUGGCAUCACUGUCAAGGUGAUUGCUCAAAGCAACGGCAGACUACUGCAACAGAAUGACGAUGACCUCGAUUUCGAUCCAAUAUUGAAUAUCCAUGCCCGAGACCACGAUCCAAUUACCAUGGUUCACCUUGAAGCAGAUCGUCACGAGUCUGGCGCGUUCAGCGUGGACUUGCCUGACACGCUCCGCCAUGUGUUGGCUAUAUCACCAUCACAAGAUCUAAACAGAAGGGAGGAACGUGUUGUUCGUGGCCUGUUGUACGGUGAGCGGGUUGACCACUACGACCCUUCUAGAGGGGGCGAAGUAUGGGAUGCCGGAGAGUGGGACGACGGUGUGCGUGAUGCAGACACCGAGGAUGAUUGGGAAGGCGCACCUGUGCCCUGGGAAGUCGGAGAAUUGUAACUUGAUAGUUUUGUCUUUGGCACGUCCACAUUUCCGGUGCUUCAACUCACUGUAUUUCACACAAUAUUUACCCCUGCCUUUUGCAGAAUGAGCCCCGGAAGCACCGCCGGAAUGAACUCGGCACGUAUACCACGUGGUUGAUGGGGUAAUUCUCCAGUGCGUCGGCUGUCCGACACUCUCAAUCCUUAGCAAUUAUCACUGCUGAUGAGCAACCCCGACAUGUCUCAGCGCGUAAGUGCAGCUUGAACAACGAUUCGAUAGAGUCUUGGGGCAUGGUCUAGGC